CCUUCAUGCCUUUAUUCUCCUGCAUACAAGAAAGCAAAAGAUGAUGGAGGAGCUGUUUACUGCUCCACAGCCAAAUGUUCCCACUAAUUCUCAAAUUCUCAAACCUUCACCACCGGCGCCACCGUCUUCCGCCACCAAUACUCCCAACUCCUCGGAAAACCACCAUCUGAGAUGCCCACGAUGCGAUUCCUCCAACACAAAGUUCUGUUACUACAACAACUACAACCUCACUCAGCCACGCUACUUCUGCAAGACUUGCCGACGUUACUGGACUAAAGGUGGAGCCCUCCGUAAUGUUCCCAUCGGCGGUGGCUGCCGGAAAAACAAGGGAACCACCAUAGCAGCUGCUUUAGCAAACCAUAAUAUUUCCAACACCUCAAAGCUGAAGGCGGUUCUUUCUUCCGAGCUCGGAAAAACAGGCUUCAUGAACGGGUUUCAGCAUUCCGACCCGAUCUUUUGGGCUAGCUUACCUCAAACCUCUCAUCUUCUUCCCUUACUACGACCCACACAAAACCCUAACCCUAAUUUUGCGUUAAACCCAGUCACCCACACAAACACGUUCAGUUCAUCUUGGAGAAACAGUCAAACGGAGCAAAAUCAACGUGAGGAAAACGGAGGGAUUAUAAACACAGGAAACAAUCUUAAUCUAGGUCGAAUGUAUCAACGUUUAAGAUCAUUUCCAUCAAACUAUAGUUACCAUCAUGAUAAUCAGACACCACCUGUGAUGAAUACUUUAUCUUCAUCUGUAAUGGAGUCUCCUCCCGCUGUUUCAAAUGGUGAGCCGGGUUUAUGGAAUCCGACACUUCCAUGGUCGGAUCUGCUGUUAACCAAUGCUGCAUAUCGUUAAAUUAAUAAACUUUUUAUACACAGUUUGUGUUUGUACGUAGCUCAUGCAUAAAAUUAAGAGAAAAUUAGCUAGCUAGCGUUUAGUGUUGCAUGUUUGAUGGUUGUACUUGAACUAUAGAUGUUUAAUUUAGAUGUUUUUUUUUUCUUUUUGUUAAAGUGAUUAAUAUAAUUUAUUCGGCAUGAGGUUUGAAUUUCA